AUGUGUACAUUACGUAAAAAUAACGAUUCCCGUCCAGUCAUUUACUUAGACGAGACCUGGGUGAAUCAAAACCAUUCCAAAAAUUAUACAUGGCAAAAUGAAGAGGAAACUGAAGGUUUAAAAGUACCUACCGGUAAGGGAGGCCGACUCAUUGUUUGCCACGCAGGUUCAAGUCAUCAUGGUUUUAUUAAGGAAGCAAAAUUAAUUUUUCGUAGCAAAUCAGGUAAUACAGAAGACUACCAUAGUCAAAUGAAUGCUGACGUUUUUAGAUCUUGGUUCGAACAAUUAUUGCAAUCCCUUGAAGAACCAUGUGUCAUCGUUAUGGACAACGCUCCAUACCACUCAAUGUUGGAACAUAAUUUUCCGAAAAGCAAUGCCCGAAAAGCCGAUAUUCAAGAAUGGUUGACUAAAAAAAAAAAUUAA